AGCAAGCUGGAUCGUCGCUGAAAUGGCCACCAAACUUGUGGAUCUGGUGUAUUGGCGCAAAAUGAGUAAGACUGGUGUGGUGUUCACGGGGCUGGUGAUCAGUCUGGCCAGUCUGUUCCAGCUCAGCGCCAUCACCGUGUUCUCCCACAUCUGUCUGGGUGUGAUGUCCGUCACCUUCAUCCUCCGUCUUUGCUAUAAACUGCUGGAGCUGCUGCGCUGGAACCCCGGGGUGCAUCCCUUCCAGUCAUAUCUGGAUCAUGACAGCUCUCUGACAGAUAAGGAGACAGUGAUGCUGGUGGAGGAGGUGGUGCUGCUGAUCGCAUUCGCCUUCACAGAGAUCAAACGGCUGAUUUUCAUCGAGAGCAUGAUCGACUCAAUUAAGUUUGUUGUGCUCCUGUAUCUGCUGUCCUAUGUCGGAGUCCUAACCAGCGGACUGACUCUGGUGAUAACUGCUGUGAUCGCUGUUUUCUCCCUUCCUCUGUUUUACAAAAAGCAGCAGAUGCGGAUAAGGAGGAUAGUUAGAGCCGUCAAAGCUUUUGUUAAGAGAAUCAAAAACAUGUGCCUUGGUCUGUAUGCUUCAAUGAAACCCGCUCCUGCCCAUGCCCAUGCCCCCGCAUCUGCACCAACGCCUGCAUCCGCAUCUGCAUCGAAACAGAAAGCCAAGUCAAAGUAACUUGUUGGUCGCGUGUCGAAAGCACUCAGAAUUUGGAAUUUGGAAAAUGUUGGAAUGGUACAUCCUCUGUUGGGCCGCUUUGAGGGGCAGCUCAUUUCCCUUUCUCCACCAUGAUGUUUGUUUAUGGGAGCAAGAUUUAAUUGAUCCCGACAGCUGAAACAAAGCUACCAUUCACUCACGGAGAAGGAGUGGAAAUGUACGAGGAGAAGAAUUUUAUUUAUCGAGAUGCUUUCUGUGGGAUGCAACCAGUUCACAGUCAUCUACUCCAAGCAGGGCCAGAAUAGCACUGUUUUAUAUUCCCUUUGAUAACAUGUCUAUUUUUACACAACAGCGAGCACCAUGUUCCUGUUAAGCUGAAGAAUUAUUCAUAACGAAGCAGUGAAGCAUAAUUGCUGCUCUCAUUAUGUAGCAUCAUAAAUUGUUAGCUGGCUAGAAUAAAUCUGACGUGAACAUCACCUGCCAUUAAUUAACAUGAAUGGUUUAGCGCUUGCUACAUUGAAGUAUUAGCAAAAGCUUUUUAAGAAGCAACACCUUACACCUUUUAUGAGAAACAAUGAGUGCAUUGUCCUCUGCUCUUCAUGCUCAUUGUAUUUUAUCAGGUCCAAACAGUGACUUCCCUCUGCUCUUGGUUAAUGAUUAAAGUUAAGUGCAGCAAAUCUUAACAAGCGAGAGCAACUUUAACCAUCCUGCAGUAACUCCAGCUGAUAUUGGACUGAUGUAUGGCACAAAGUUUAAAUAUUUUUUUACUUUACAGUUAAGACAAGUUUACUUUUGAGCUCAUAUUUGAACUGCUGGUUAAAACUUGGUCAACGGAAACAAAAGACAGUUACUUAAUGGAAAUGUUAUCAUCCUGAAGGUAAACUCAUCAAUCCUACAGCAUCAAGAAAAUUGCAUUUGACUCAAGAACUUCCGCUAUGAUAUUAUUUGUCAGUCCAUAAUAUAACAAUUCAAUGCUUCCAGCGAGGAUCUCAUGUUUUCAUGUCAAUACAACUGGUCGCUGGCACAACUCCAUGUCAACAUUUUCCAAAUCAACCAAGAAUGUGGUCGUCGUUUGUUUCUAAAGAAAUAACUGAGACAUCUCCAUAAAAUUACACAAAACACCUCAUGAAGCAAAAUCAGAUUUUCUCUGGAAUGCAACAUGAUUGUUUUUUUUUCUUUUUUUGUCAAAAGUUGUAAAACCUUAAAGGAAACAGAGUUCUCUCAUUGUUAAAGUUUUAAUAUUUAAAUAAGUUACAUGAGUUAAUUGGACAAAGUUUUUGCCGUUAAUGUAACUCCAGACACUUCAGUUGUUACCUGACAUGGAGCGUUGCACUUGUCAACUUGCUGUGUGUUAUAUGGACAGUCAAACUUAUAUAAUUAUAUUUGAUAAAUUCCCACUCAAUGUGACAGUCAUUUAAAAAUUCCCCCCGUGCUUUAACUGACAUUAAGUUGAGUAGAUAAUGACAAAAGCUUAUAUUUUGGGUGACCUAUUCCUUUAUUUAUCCUUUUCUGACAACUGUACAGCUUCAUCUGCCAAACCUGAGCCAGUUUAUAUUGAGCAGUGAUUUCAAUGCCGUUAGCGUGUCGGGUUAAUGUUGGUGACCAUGUGGUGCUCUCUAGUGGUCGGUGUUUCAGAUCUUGAAAUGUAGCUGCACUCAUACUAACAUGUCUUAAUGAACUGAAGUGAUUUCACACUGUAAGCCCAGGUUGAAGCAUCCUUCAAAGAGGGCUUUGGUAAUUUCAGUAUGUAAUAAAAAAAAAAGGUUCAGUACACCUCAGUUAUUAAAAGAAAAACAUAAAAGUGUGAUCAUAAUUAGAAAGAUGUUUAAAGGGAGGCAUGACAGGGCUUUGCUUUUUU